GAAAAUGGUGGACAGACUUUAACCGGUGUGUGUUAUUGACAGUGUCUAAAAAUUAAUUUCAACAAUUUUUUGUAAUAAAUAUUUAAAAAUUAAUGAAUACAGUAUGGCCCAUUUGUUAUUAUCAUUAGGUAGCAGAGUUGAAAGAAUUGUUUUUAAUUCUACACAAAAGGGAAGAAUUGAUUUUCAGCUAUGGAGACGAUUAACGAUGUUAAAUAAUAAAAAAUUAUCGGCUCUUGAACAUCUUCAUCAACAGUUGCAAUUACAUUCGGAGAAAUCUCGAAAACAUUUUGAAUAUUUAUUCAGAUUGGGUGGAAAGAGACAAAAUGUCAAAUGUAGUGGAAAAAGUGGAAAAAAUGAACCGCCGAAAGAAGCGUUAAAACCAAAUAAAGAUGAUCCAAGUGGAUUUCGUAUUAAAUUUGGAUUUCGUUUGGGAGAAGGAGGAGUAGGUGGUGGAGGCGGUGCAGGUGGUGGUGGACCACGAGGAAUGGGAGAUAAACCAUUUAAUAGUGGUGAUAAAAAAUGGAUUCCUUAUGCAGUCGGAGGUUUUACUUGUUGUAUUAUAUUGGCAACUUUAGUCAAUUCAAAACAAAGAGAAAUUACCUGGAAGGAUUUUUUAAAUAAUUACUUAAAUAGAGGAUCCGUGGAACAAUUAGAGGUUGUUAAUAAAAAAUGGGUCCGCGUUCGUCUUGCUCCAGGAGCGUCGGCCGAUAACUCGACUUUGUGGUUUAAUAUUGGCAGUGCCGAUACUUUUGAGAGAAAUUUGGAGAACGCGCAGCUUGAAUUGAAUGUGGAACCGCAAAAUUAUAUACCAGUUAUUUAUAAAGUUGAAUUGGAGGCCUCACACCUUAUUGGUUAUUUACCAACACUUAUUCUUAUUGGAUUUUUAUUGUACGGUUUCAAUCGUUCCGCUCAAAUGAUGGGUGGCAGGGGAGGUAAAAAAGGUGGACUUUUCGGUGGUGUUAUGGAUUCCAAUGCAAAAUUAAUCAACAACAAAGACAUUGAAGUUCGAUUCAAGGAUGUUGCCGGCUGCGAAGAGGCUAAAAUCGAAAUCAUGGAAUUUGUCAACUUUUUGAAAAAUCCACAGCAAUAUUUGGAUCUUGGUGCUAAAAUUCCCAAGGGGGCAAUGUUAACUGGUCCUCCGGGAACGGGAAAAACGUUAUUGGCAAAGGCGACAGCGGGCGAGGCGAAUGUGCCUUUCAUUACAGUGUCCGGUUCCGAAUUUUUGGAAAUGUUCGUUGGCGUUGGUCCGUCGCGUGUCCGAGACAUGUUCGCGAUGGCUAGAAAAAAUGCGCCUUGUAUAUUAUUUAUCGACGAAAUCGAUGCCGUUGGUAGGAAGCGCGGUGGAAGAUCUUGGGGCGGACAUUCGGAGCAAGAAAACACAUUAAAUCAACUUCUCGUUGAAAUGGACGGUUUCAAUUCGACAACGAACGUGGUUGUUUUAGCGGCAACGAAUCGAGUGGACGUUUUGGAUAAGGCACUAAUGCGACCCGGUAGAUUCGAUAGGCAAAUUUUCAUACCAGCGCCCGACAUCAAGGGACGUGCCUCAAUUUUCAAAAUUCAUUUAGCGCCCAUUAAAACUACAAUGGAUAAAAAUGAAUUAUCGAGAAAAAUGGCGUCCCGCACACCCGGUUUCACUGGUGCGGAUAUUGCUAAUGUGUGCAAUGAGGCGGCAUUAAUAGCGGCUAGAAAUUUAAAAUCAGGAGUCGAUUCACACGAUUUCGAGCAAGCAAUUGAGAGAGUAAUUGCUGGUAUGGAGAAAAAAUCGCAAGUCCUACAACCGGAUGAGAAAAAAACGGUGGCUUAUCAUGAGGCAGGUCACGCUGUCGCUGGUUGGUACCUUGAGCAUGCGGAUCCUCUCAUUAAAGUUUCUAUUAUUCCACGAGGGAAGGGUUUGGGUUAUGCACAGUAUUUGCCACGCGAACAAUAUCUCUACUCGAAGGAGCAAUUAUUCGAUAAAAUGUGUAUGACACUCGGUGGACGUGUUUCCGAGGAGAUGUUCUUUAAACGAAUAACGACCGGUGCACAGGACGAUUUACAAAAGAUCACGAAAAUGGCUUACUCGCAAAUAAUUCAUUACGGAAUGAAUGAGAAAAUUGGAAAUGUCAGUUUCGAAAUGCCGGAGCAAGGGUCGCCCUAUACAGAUAAACCUUAUUCGGAAAAUACUGCGCAAAUGAUCGAUCAAGAGGCGCGAAAAAUGAUCGACAGUGCGAAGAAACGAACUCGUCAAGUUUUGGAAGAUCACAAAAAUGACGUAAUUAAGGUGGCAGAGCGAUUAUUAAAACAGGAAAUAUUGAGCAGGGAGGAUAUGAUAGAAACAUUGGGACCGCGACCAUUCAAGGAAUUAUCGACGUACGAAGAAUUUGUCGAGGGCACUGGCUCCUUCGAGGAAGACACAUCGCUUCCAAAGGGUUUAAAGGAUUGGAAUUUAUCGAAAGAGGAUAAAGAAGCAGAAGCCGAAAAAGAAAGUGAAAAAAGUAAUUUAGACAAAGAAACAUCGCCCCCGCGUAAAACACCAAAACAAACUAAAAAUCAACCUCAACCGUGAUUUUAAUUUUUAUACCUCUCGAGAGCAAUGUCCUUAUUAUAUAACACAAUUUGUACUUUGUAUUAUAGUUAAAUAUCUACAUAUAUAUAAAUUAUAAUGUAUAUAUAUAAUUAUACAUAUAUAAAAUUAUAUAUAUAAAAUUAUAUAUAUACAUAUAAAAAAUUAUAUAUACAUAUAAUUUAGAAAUAACUCAUUUCGAUUUAAAAAUGCUAAUGGCGCACUAAGCAUUUUUCUUUUUCACACAUACUUGUCAUAUAGUCACGUAUAAUUUUUUUUUCCUCAAUUUUUUCAAUAUUUGUAAGAAAUUUUGAAUAAUUUUCGUUGUGAAAUUAAUCCCCCCUAUAUUUUGUUGAAAGAAAACUGUUAAGCCUUUUUUUUAUUUUUUUUUAAAUAACAGAUCUCAUUUAAGCGCCUGAUUAAUUUUUGAAACGAGUAUAUUUUAAUUAAUUUGGAAAAAAGAUUUUUUUACGUUUUAGUGGUGACUGAAUUGAAAAAACAAAAAAAUGUCACAAUAUAUUUAUCAGCUGUGAGCUGAAAACGAUUGUAAAAUAAAAGCAAAAACUGUGAAUAAGUAA